CAAGCCUCGUAUUCGCCUUAUAUCUAAUCUCUGUGCGGUUGUCAACCACGCUAUAAGUGCUGAACAAGGUCACAUUGAUACACAAAAGCGAUGGCAUUAUCUGAAUCCCAAAUACCACCAGACGCCCAGCAUUAUUUGGUGUGUGGCACUGAAGACUGUGGGAAGAACUGCCAGUUUUACUGCAAUGACUGUCACCUACCAAUGUGUGAACAAUGCAGAGAUGAACAUCAGAAGAAUAAGAAAGCCAAGAACCAUGAAGUGGUCCCUUAUAAGCUACGCAAACGUCAACUUCCUGUGGAGAAAUGCCAGAUCCACCCCACAAGACAAAUAGAGUUUCUCUGUGAAGAAUGCCAGAUUCCCAUUUGUUCUAAAUGCACAGCCACAAAAGAACAUCGCGGUCAUGUGUUUACCGACCUAGAAAUUGUCUUUGCUGAAAAAUGUUCCUUUUGUCAAGAGGAAAUAGCUAAAAUUCGAAACUAUUUUGAGCCUACUUCUCAAGAUUUAAAAAACGAAAUUGCUGGAGAUGCCACAGAAAUAAAGAAGAUCAUGGAGGGUAUAAGAACAGCAAUGAAGGCUGAAGCUAAGUCUGUGAAAAGAAUGGUAGAUGCAGUCACAUCAGAUAAUAUAGAACAAGUCGACAAAAUAGAACAGUCAUUAUUACAAACAUUAAACGACCAAAACCAAACAAUUGAUGAUCACCUCAACUAUCUCAGUGAUUUAGUCAAAACAUUUUAUGGUUACCUAUCUCCCUCGGACAUUAACAAUUUAACAUUUGCUCUCAAAUCUGAAAAAAUACUGAUAAAACCAAUACCAGAGACAUCCAAACCAGUCCCACCCAUAUUUACUGUUGGUCAACACAGCAAGGAAGAUGUCGCCAAACUACUGGGUAGAAUAACUGUUCCAAACACUAAACCAGAGAACAGAAAAAUAAAGCCCAUGGAGACUGCCUCUACACAGUUGAAACCUACAGGGAAACAGAGGAAACAAGACAGAGAGAAAUCUGACGUGAAACAAACACUGUCUCUGUCUUCCUCUGUCACCAAGGUCAGGGAGUACACAGUAAAAGGUGUUGAUUAUGUAUAUCAUAUAUCACUGGGUAAAUCAGGCAGACUCUGGGUCAGUGAUGGUGAUGGUAACCUUGUCCAAACAGAUCUACAGGGGAAUCAGCUACAGAAGAUACGAACCAGUGCUGGAUUUGGCUGCCACACAGUCACACAGGACGGAGAUCUGAUCUAUGCAGACAGAUACAACAAAGUCAUCAAUAGGAUAACACCGAAUAAUACAAUCACUGAAUUCAUUAAAACAGGAGACUGGAAACCACUCAGUAUACACUCCUCCCACAUCAACGGGGACAUACUGGUGGGGAUGGUAAAGGAUGGAGAGCCCUCUAAAGUCAUCAGGUAUAACAAGACAGGGACAGAAAUACAGAACAUACAGAGAGAUAAUGGAGGACAGGGACUGUAUAGUUAUCCACACUACAUCACAGAAAACAUAAAUGGUGAUAUCUGUGUAUCAGACAUUCAUACUGUAGUGGUGGUGGAUAAAUCAGGACAACACAGAUUCUCCUACACAGGUCAGGGGUCAGAGUUUAAUCCCUAUGGAAUAUGUACUGAUGUACUCGGUCACAUCCUGGUGUGUGAGGCUAUCAGUGACACAGUUCAUCUCCUGGAUCAGGACGGUCAGUUCUUGUCUCUACUACUCACAUCACAACAAUUGGCAGAGGAUCCUUAUAGUGUGUGUGUGGAUGAUGAGAACAAUCUCUGGGUGGGACAAGAACUCACCAAUACAGUGAGAGUGUACAAGUAUCUAAAGUGAUCAUUAUAUAUCCAUACAAUAAUUAGGUACUGUGUGUGUGUUGUGAGACAAUGUAACAACACUGUAAUAGUAUACUAUUACUGGUAUAUACAGUGUACAUAGAAAUACAUGUAAACAUUCAUGUAGCCUGGCAUGUUUAUAAUUUUCAUUAAUGAAUUAAUAAUAAUGAAAUGAUAAUAAUUACUACUCGCACCACAACAAGGAGUGGUAAACAUAUAUCCCCGUAGUGUGUGUAUGGAUGAUGAACAAUAUAUGUGGGUUAGAGAACUUGACAACAUAGUGAAAGUGUAUAAGUAUCUAAAGUGAACAGUGUAUAUAUUUGUAUAAAUGACUGACUUUGAUUGAACUUAAUAGUUGGUAAAAUAUGUAUAAUAUAGUAUGAUAUUCUUUUUAGAUCAAUAUUACUAGCAUUGUAUUAAAUUUGACAAAAAUUACAUCCAAUAAUCUUAUUUAUUGUUUAUGAUUUAUGCAAUAUAAAAGUAUUCUCAAUGGGUUUAACAAGUUUUAAAAUGUGCAUGUUCAUCACGUGCAGUAACGUCAUGUGGAUAAAUUAUAUGAUUUACAGGUACAACUAGAACAUAUUUUCGUAGUUGCGAUCACGUAACAGACAUGCUAU